AUGUUGGCAUCUCGCCCCAAAGAGGGACAAGGUCUGAUUUCAGAGUUGGUUUUGGCAACGGCAGAAAUGCAGCGAAUGUCUUUGGAGCAGGAGAGAAAUAUCGAAGCGAGCUUUGGCCGUGAGCAGGCCCUUCAACGUGAGUGCAAGGCAGCUUCGGCUCUCCUGGGGAAGAUGCAAGCGCAGCAAGCAGAAUUUUCUCAUGCCAAGUAUCAGGAGUCUGAAGCAUUGAAAGCCCAGUUAGUUUCUCUAAGUGGGGAUUUGUCAAAGCAGCUGGAGCUUGUAGAUGCCAAGAUGGAGGAAGCGAACACCCUGAAGGAGAAGUUUGAAGCAUCUCAGCUUGAGCUCGAAAGGUUUUCUGCCGAGUACUGCAUCUUGCAGGAUGUCCUUCUUCAAGACUGUGGCGAGGACUUGCCGCUAGUUCAGAAUGAUUCCGAACAACGAGAGGUCAGUGCCUUUCAGUACCUCAAGAAGCUGCUGGACAUUGCAAAACGCAAGAGAGAGGCCCUGGAAAACCAGCUUGCUAAAAAAGAGGAGCAGUUCAAUCUACUUCAGCAAAACUAUCAGUACUUAAAGGACCGGUACCAGUGGCCGUUACAAGAUCUCGGGGCAUUUGUCCGGAGCAUGAUCGAAGCAUUUGUCCGGAGCAUCAUCGAGCACACCAACCAGUCGUCCGAAGCUGCAGUGUCUCUUGAAGCAAGUCAGCUGGAAGACUUAAACCGUAUGCUGGCAGUACUUCAGGAACGGGUCACAUCCUUGAGAGUUAAGAACGAGCUCCUCGCUCAAGGAACAGACGGAAGCUCCUUUACCGAGAAGGCAGAAACAGAGUGCGAGAUGUUAGACGAGAAAGUCAGCAGCCUCCUAAAACGCAACGGAAAGCUAGAAACCGAAGCCGACAUUUUGUGGUCAGAACUUUCCUGCCUGGAGGAGCAAGCUGAGAUGCUCGUCAGCGACAACAAACAUUUUCAACAGCUAGCUGAGAAUUUAAAACAGGCACGACAUUGCCUCGAGAAGGAGUUGAAGACUCAGCGCGAGCAGCACGUCAAGGCCACCAAGGAGAUGGAGAACGAGCACUGCACUGCGCUGGACGAAGCGGCCAAGUGUGAGGCAGCACUAUCAGCGCUGAAGACAGACCACUCCCAGCUGUUGGACAAGUAUAACCACAUUGUAUACAGACACAGGAACCUGCAGGAAGAGUUUCACGCGGCAGCCCAAGAGAAACGCAGUUGGGAGGACAGGUGCGCUCAGCUCACAAAAGAGUGGGCAACAGCCAGACGAGAUCUCGCAGUCUUCGAGGAGCAGCAGGGCGCAGUGGGACAAAAGACCAUGCAGGAGCUGCAAGAGCUGUGGCAAGCAAAUCAGCAGUUGCAAGAGCGCUUUCGCCUGCUCAAGGACAAGCAUCUCAAGGCUGAAGAACGGUUGGUACAAGCGCCAAACCAAAAAGUGGAGGCCUCGAUGGAACAUGUCGCCGAGGGCACUGGGGUCUCGUGCAUAGGAGAACAAGUGGAACCAGGACAAGCAGCAGCAGAAACACAUCGAGGACUUACAGGCGCAGCCGGUACCACACCAAAGAAGCACAUGGAACAGCAGAAACGAAUACAGCUGCUGAAAACUACUUCCCUACAGUCUCAAACGAAGCUGCUGAAGACUUAG